UCAUCCGUGAUCGCACCAAAAUCAGCCGAAAGAAUUAAAAACAACUUGAGAGUCAUCAAUUUGAACAUAAAUCACAAAUUGCUGUGAGGGAGAUUCAUCAUUUUUUGUGCUCAUUAAUAAAGUGAUGAGUUAUAACAUUAAAACAGUUCGUUUUAACAGAGCUGACUCCCGGGAAGAAUUAUUGGACGAGCUUCACAAUCUUCUGCGCAGAAGAGCAUUGAUUAAAUCAGCCGUGAACAAAUACGAAUACGCUUUGACCUUGACCGCAGGUCGGAACGAGAAGAAAUCCAAGCAGAUUCAAGACGUGAAGGAACUGAUAAACAACAUACACGACAGUCAUCGCGAACUGGGCGACAAAGUUGCCAAACUGUCCCAUUUGUCGGAACACAACUCACGGCACAUAGAUAUAAAUAAUUGGCUGCAAUUAUGUUUGGAUCAACUUUCGGGACUGCAAAAACCCCACAAUUUAUGAGAAGGACUUCAAACACAGGAUCCAGCAGUCCGAAAACUGGUCGCAGUCCUGCUAACUCUGUCAAAAAUGGGACUGUGAAAAAACAGUACUCGUGCGGAGUUUGCAAACGAAAAGUCGACUUCGCCGAAGCAUUCAAAUGCAAAGAAUGUUCGACUGACAUCAUAUGUUUUAACUGCAUAUCAAGUUGUAUCGCUAAAGAACACAAAGUUCUAGAAACUUCCGGAUACCCGCCUUCAAUUUGCCCCGAACAUAAAUUUGUCGAGACUCUCUACUGCACGACAGAUCUGAAAACAUUCUGCUUGUUAUGUCAGAGCGAACAUACCGAACACCAACUCGGCUCCAUCCGAAACAAAGUCGCCCAAUGUCGCUCGGCUGUCGGUGGGAUGAUGAAUGACACGAACGAACUCGCCGAAUUCCUUGGCCGAGAAACGAGAAAGAGUAAUAGGAUUUUGGAGAACUGCCAGUCUGAUUCGUGGUUGUUCCACGAGGAAAACACCCACGAGAGCGUCGUGAAUGUGAUCCGAGAACCACUUCAAGAGUUGUGGGCCGAUUACGACAAGCGAAUGGACGAGGCAGUUGAGUUACUCCGAGAACACCAUAACAAAGUGACAAUGCGAAAAAGUACAGUCAGUAAUAUUCUUGCCGAGUUGAAAGACAUUUUGCCGCACGAUGACGCUAAAGUUAUAAACUUAACCCAAGAACAAAGCCCGGCUUUGAGAAAGCGAAUCGAAACUGAAACCGAGGAAAACAAACAGCGAUUCCUUUGCACUCAAGUGACCUACCAUAAGCCUUUGACCUUGGAAGAAAAACACGAGAAACUGAAAGCCGUUCUCGCUUUGUGCUUCCCGUGCUUUAAUUUGCCGACGUUGACUUAUACCCACUGCGUUGAACCGAAGUCGUUCACGAAACUCGAUCCCCCAAUUGCCGACUACCAGAACCUCUCCGACUGUAUUGUCGUGCCGGCUCAAGGCGGCUUCUUUGUCGUGGAUUUCGACUCGCAAAGUAACGGCGAUAAAACGAUGACUGUUACUGUGCAUGAUAUGAAAAAAGACUCUCCCACCGUUCGGGUUUCUGAGUCGAAGACUUUCUCAAUCAAAACGUCUCGGAAACCGUUCGUUUGCCCAUCGAGUACCGCUAAAAGCCGACUGUACGUCUUAGACGAAAACAAUUCGGCUUGCUACAUUGAAGGACAUUCCAAAAAUGGAUAUGACUAUGUUUUGGAGCGACAAAACUUCUCUAGUAAUUACAAGUUUAACGAAACAUUCUUACCCGGCCAUGCUAUAUUUUACAGACACAAAGAAAACGAAAGGUUUUACACUAUGGUCGAUUUCGAUUCAAAUAGCGACAAAAAAUUGAUCUCGUGGCUGGUAAAUCAGACGACUAAGGUGACUUUGAAAAGCUCCGAAUUACCACCAGUGCAUUUCACUUCAUUCGCAGCCGAAAGAUAUACUUCACGACUCGCCUUCGUCGAGAGUUCGACUAAUAUCCGAGUCAUCCAUUUGAAAAACGAGGAUGCUGGAAUCGACCGAGACUUCUCGUUGCCGACUUGUCAUCUCGGGCUGGGGUAUGCAGACGCGAUUGCGUUUUUCGACGAAGAUCGAAUUGGUGUAUUUGACAAAACUAAAAAAGAAGUCACUCUUUUGGAGUUCACAAAAACUAAAGACGGCGAACAUGAAUUAUGUGCGUGGGCUGCAAAAAUGAUCAUUACGUUAGAAUCGAAGCUGCAAGACGAAGAAAUUGAGGAUGUUUUCAACGUCGGCUCACUGAACGGAAGUGUCACGAUUCUGCUGAAAAGUGGAAAAAUCUGGAAACUAGAUUGGCAAACAGAUGAAUGAUUGGUCAAUUAGCAGAAUGUUUGAGAAACAGACUCAAUAAUUAUUCUUUGACUCUUUUUAUAUGACUCCAUGGUGCUUUGUUUGUUUAGUUAUAUCAAUGAGUAUUUCAAAUUGUAGUUAAAUUAAGUCAUGAAGUGUUUGUGAUU